CCUGAAUGUUACACGUGGUUUGACAGCUGGACAACCAAACAUGGCGGCUGCGAACAAGAGACACCACAACCUACACCUUAGAUUACUGUCAGUGCCAGCGCUCUGUUUGUAGUUUAAGACGAAGAAGAUGCGUAGAAAACCAAGCAGCUCGGUUUGCCGUUUAUCUGUGAUGCUGUUGUUGUCGUGUGGCUUUGUUAUGGUUUUGAAUCUGAAAACAGACAGACAGUUACGAUAGAAGUGGACUACCUGGACUGGCUGGCUAUCACCUCUGGACAUGUUUAACAGAUAACAGAGCUUCACUAAAUCCUCAUUUAAACACUCACUCCAGUGAUGAUGUCAUCACCAUCAACAAAACCAAAGACCCCAGACUGUCUUUCGGUGUCUUCCCUGCUGUCAGCAGAUUUAGACAGUGAUGGUGAUGGAACAAGGGGGGACGAUGAUGGGCUGCGAGACUUGGAAAUAAAUCCUUACGAUGGUUUGCCAUUUUCUUCACGUUACUACGCUCUUUUGGAAGAAAGAAAACAUUUUCCUGUUUGGAGCAUCAAACAAAACUUCCUGGAGCAGCUGGAGAGCAACAGCAUGGUACUGGUCAGUGCACCAAGUGGAUCAGGGAAAAGCACCCAGGUGCCUCAGUGGUGUCUGGAGUAUGCUUUGUCCUUUGAGUUUUCUCAAGGCCUGGUGUGCUGUUCCCAGCCGUAUUCAGUGGCAGCGGUGAGUCUGGCUCUGCGAGUGGCUGAUGAGAUGGACCUGAGUUUGGGGAUGGAGGUGGGCUACAUGGUGUCCCACGAUGACAGCUGCACACCUGACACCCUCCUCAGGUUUGUCAGUGACACUUAUCUUCUGGAGGUGAUGAUGUCUGACCCACUUCUUCAUCAGUAUGGGAUAGUGGUGUUGGAUGAACUUCAGGAGCGCACUGUCCCCACAGAUGUCCUGCUAGGACUGUUAUGUGAUGUGUGCCAGCAAAGACCAGACAACUUUCGUGUUGUGCUCCUGACACACCCCACAUUAGCUCCCCGUCUUGCCUCUUUCCUUGGACCCACUGUGCCCCACCUCUCACUGGAUAGUCCCAUUACAGAUGGUCCUACAAAUAAUCCUACAGAGGUGCCUGAGGAGGGGGGUUGUCAGCCUUUUGUAGGCAACCAAGUGGAAAUAUUAUACAGAGAGGUGUUACCUGGGAAGGACCCCGUGAUAGCAGCUUGUCACAUGGUGCUUGAUUUGCACAGAAGGGGAGAGGAAGGUGACGUCAUGUUGUUUUUGGCCAGUUCACAGAACAUCGAGGAGUGUGGGGCCCUCCUGGAGAAGGAGAGCAUUGCCUUGAGUCCUCAGCUUGGAGCUCUACGGAUCAUUCCUCUUCACUGUGGCCUAGGCCCUCAGACACAGAGGGUUUAUGAGGGCGAGCCUGAAGUAAGCCAACUCCCUAAUGAUUCAGCGAUGGCGGCAGAUGCCUCUGCAGUGAGAAGAAAAGUUAUUCUCACAGACACACUCGGAGAGGCCUCAUUCUCUGUGCCUGCAAUACGCUAUGUUAUAGACACAGGGCUGCACCUAAAAACUGUUUACAAUCCACAAAUCAGAGCUAAUUCCCAGAUACUGAGAGCAGUCAGCAAACAGCAGGCAGAUAUGCGUACUCAGAGGGUGAACAGUAACCUAUCAGGGUUGUGUGUCCGUCUUUAUCCAAAAACACUUUAUGAAGAGGGAAUGGGAGACGCACACUCUCCUGGGGUGAUGGAUGAAGAUCUCAGCCAUUUGGUGCUACUCCUAAAGAGGCUUGAUAUUGCUGAUAUGGGACAGUGCAAGUUUCUGGACAGACCAGCUCCUGAGGCGCUUAUGCAGGCCCUGGAAGACUUGGACUAUUUGGCAGCACUGGACGAUGACGGAAAUCUGUCUGAAGUUGGUAUUAUAAUGUCGGAGCUGCCACUGGAGCCACCUCUUGCCAAAGCGCUAAUUGCAGCCUGCGAGUACGAUUGUGUAGAUGAGCUUCUGACUAUUGCUGCUAUGCUGACGGCACCUUCUUGUUUUGCAACAGUUGAUGCCAACAAAGAGGAGGAGGCGGUCACUCACUGGCGACCUCUAAUGCACACUGAGGGAGAUCACAUGACCCUGAUCAACAUUUAUAUUGCAUUCAUAGAACAUAAUCAAGAUGAGGCUUGGUGUAUAACAAACUUCCUGAGCUAUGCUGCUUUGCGGUUGGCUGUUGUGAUACGGAUGGAGCUUCUGGAGGUGAUGCAGAGAAUAGAGCUUCCCGUAUCUCCACCUGCAUUUGGUUGCCAAGACAACUACACAAAUAUCAAGCGGGCCCUCAUCUCAGGCUUCUUCCUCAAGGUGGCUCAUGAUGUGGAUGGGUCUGGGAACUACCUCCUGCUGACUCACCGCCAUGUGGCACACCUCCAUCCCUUUUCUUCUUACUUGUGUCGUCAACCCUGCCCCAAACCGCCCAACUGGGUCCUGUAUCACGAGUUCACCAUCUCCCGGGACAACUGCAUCCGGAUUGCAUCUGAAGUCCACCCUCAGAUGCUUGUGGAGUUGGUUCCUCAGUACUUCUUGGGAAACUUGCCCUCAAGUGACGGAAAGGACCUCCUGAUGGAGCUAAAGCAGAGUCUGGACCCCCAGGCCCAGGAAGGACACAGAGACACAGAGACUCACAGCCAGCCCAGCACGGAGCUCUGUGUGCUCCAAUAA